CUGGGCAUGCAGAAAGGACACACAACAAAGACUGUAGCAGCCUGAAAAUGACUGCAUUGUGUGUGGAGGAAAGGGAAACAAGUGGUGGUAAACAUUUUGAGUUCGGAUGGAAGGGUUUGAAGAGACAGUUUAUCAAGUAACAGAUGUCAUCACGGGCCGUGAAAUCCAUAUUGUCGCAGAUGACAGUGGGACCCACAUUUCCAUACCUGAUGUCAUUGAUGCGGGCGAUGUUCUGGUGGCAGAUGGAGUAGCUGCAGAGACGGUUGUCACGACAACAGACGUGUGUUCAGGACUACUCUCCAAAGAUGAUAGUGCAGACUCAGGCUGUGGUAUGGAGGAGCUAGAGGAGGGAGCUCGGUUUGCGGAUCAUGACAGCAGUGUGUCCUCUUUGGGUGGAUUGGGCAGUGAAGAUAUAGGGAUGGACUCUCUACACUCCACGUCGUAUGGGACUACAGUCUGGCCGUCCCUGGACAUCAUUAAACUGAAGCCUGACAUGGGAGAUGAUCUGGGGUCAGGAGAAUCAUUAGUGGCACUCAUAUCUGAUCCUGUCCUAGAAGAUACUGAGGUCAAGGUCAAGAAGCCACGAGAAGCGCAGAUACGAGAGAAGGAAAAGCGAGAGCAGGACAGACUGAAGAAAAAACUACUGCGCUCAAACCCGGAUUACAGGCAGAAAGAGAAAGGAGGCGAGCCAGAGCAAGAAUGAAACAACGGAGACUGGAUCCAGUGUAUCGCUGCAGGGAGCGGCUGCGGGAUCGACAGCGCCGCAAGGCUGCGCGUCACCGUAACGGCGGGCAGUCAGGACACAGGGAAAGAACAGGAGAGGGUCUUGGAAGGUGUGGACACUGUCUCAGGGUUUUCAUUUGCUGGGUUUGAGGACUCGUACGCCUUAGUGGAGAGCGUUUCCCAGCAAAACGAAGUUGUGGAGAAUGUACUGUCGCAGUUUGAUGGUACAUGAGGUGACCACGGUAUAAAGGGGAAGACAUACCAGUUGUUUAUAUUUACAAAAGCUAGUGUUGGCACCACAUGAUGAAAUGUUAGUAAGACGAGAGUUUGGUCUUUUCACUGAGAAAAUCCAGGUAGCUUUCAAGGUGAAUGCUACGUGAUUAGGCACAGAAGAUUGCAAAUCCGCUUAAGGCAAGUGAAGCCUUUAAAACAGGAAGUGGAUUCUCUAAAUAGAGACUAUGAGUGGAAUUCCUUGGCUGUUCAUUGAUUUCCUCUCUCACACGUACAGGAAUACCUGUCAAAUCAGACUGUGCUUUGAUGUUGUUUUCUUAAGCCAUGAUCAUUGUAAUAUUAAGGAAAAAAAUUCACUAUAAAUAUAAGUAUAUAUCAAAUGAGAGACCAUAACAACAGCUUGGUGGUAAAAUGGCUAUCAGACAUCAGAUUUGGCGGUGGUCUGUCGUGACUUAGUGGGUAUCAGUGACGUCACAUCCUUAUUGUUUUAUUGCUUGAAAUCGUCCUGUUCCAAGGUCCAUUUGUCGACUGAGCUUGUAGAUCUGUACGGAUAUACCUUCUGAAUGGUUCUGUUAAUAAGAGGCAAGAACCUGAUGUGACGUCAUUGGUCCCAACAUGAUCAGAACAGGCAACUAUAGAAUCAAAAGUUUAAAAAAAAAAUAAUUUUUCAUUUAAUGAUCUUUCAUUUGAUAUAUAUUUCACCAUAGUGGUUUGUCUGACUUUAAGCAAGAUGUGUGAAACUGGUGUUUUCUAUGCUACAAGCAGUGAACAUGUGGGCAAAACUUCAGUGAUUGGACCAAGUGCAGCAGUCAGUGGAUCAGCGUGAACAAAUGUUCACGCUGUGUGAGAUUUGAGGUGACUCAAUCAACCAACCAACCAACCAACCAAAACAGGACUCUACACUGAACAGCUUAGUGGGCUAAAAUGCAGCUGUCAUGUGUGAUAGAAUACUUUGAAGUUGUGGUUUGACCUGUCAUUGGGAAGCAUUAAUAACUUGUUAGGAAAACAAGCUGCUAAACUGCCUCUUCAGAAAUUCCGUGGGGAGGUGGGCUAACAGGGCC